GGCAACCCUCAUCACCUUCCACAUACGCUUCACAGCAAAGACCCUACUCUUCUCCUCGACCGGUAGCCGACCAACUAAGAUGUUACCGAAUAAACAAGUGACGCAAAGCCUCCUUGGCAGCCUUGGCCCUGCAUUGUCCCCGCCCGUAUCACGUCGCUAGAAUGCCAUUCGACGUCAUGAACUGGGUGCCUCAGGGUCGGUGCCGCUGCGGCGAUACAUGCGCUAUAGCUCAACCAGGAAGCUCAAUAUCUGACAUGCAGGCACAUGCAGGCUUGUACAUGGUCGUUAUGCAUAUGAGUCAAGGUACCCCAAUGUCAAGAACUUUGUAUAAAGUUGGCACUUGUGGUACUUCCGUAGCCUCUGCCCGCAGCAGACCGGAGAGCUUGAUCUCCUCAUACCAUAGCGAUAAUGGUUGCAUUCAGGCUGUCCCUUCUCGGAGCAGCUGGACUCUUGAGUGGGGUUGUCAACGCUCAGUUUCCUCCGACACCAGAGGGCGUGACUGUCCUUGAAUCGCAGCUUGAUGAGGGUGUUACAAUUUCAUACAAGGAGACCGACCUAUGUGAAACCACAGAAGGCGUCCGAAGCUUCUCCGGCUAUGUUCAUCUUCCAGCUGGAGCACUUGCCGAUCUCGGUGUCGAGAACCAAACAUAUGAGAUCAACACCUACUUUUGGUUCUUUGAAUCGAGGAAGGAUCCUGCCAAUGCGCCUCUCUCGAUUUGGAUGAAUGGUGGCCCCGGAUCCAGUUCCUUUGUGGGACUCCUGCGUGAAAACGGACCAUGUUUCAUUGGUGCCGACUCCAACAGUACCUACCUGAACGAGUGGUCAUGGAACAACGAGGUCAACAUGCUUUACCUCGACCAGCCCGUUCAGGUUGGCAUGAGUUAUGACAGCCUGGUGAACAUCACCACCAAUCUGGAUACCGGCGACCUUGAAGUUGUAGACUUUGGCAAUGGGCCUGUCCCAGCACAGAACAACAGUUUCUAUGUUGGCACCUACCCCAGUGAAAACUCCAAUCUCACCACACGUGGUACUGAGAACUCGGCACGAGCGCUCUGGAACUUCGCCCAGGUCUGGUUCCAGGAAUUCCCGGAACAUAAGCCGAACGAUGACAGGAUCUCCAUCGCGACCGAGUCCUACGGAGGUCGUUACGGACCGGCUUUCGCGGCCUACUUCCAGGAGCAGAAUGAGAAGAUCGAGAAUGGGACGUGGAGCGGGGCCGGACAGACACAUCUCCUGCAUCUCGACACUCUACUGAUUAUCAAUGGCUGCAUUGAUCGUUACGUCCAGUGGCCCGCUUAUCCAAUGAUGCAGUACAACAACACUUACGGUAUCAAGGCUGUCAACGAGUCGCGCUAUGAGGAAGUGCUCGACAACCUAUACAAGGAAGGAGGCUGUCUCGAUCAGAUUGAAGAAUGCCGCAACAUAAGUCUUGUAUAUGACCCCACAAACCAAGGCUACAACGAGACCGUCAAUGAAGUAUGUGAGGCCGCAGAAACAUUUUGUUCUGAGACGAUUCGAGACCCUUAUUUUGACACCGACCUCAACUAUUACGACAUCUCUGCACCCGGUGCGGCUGCUUUCCCCCCACCAUGGUAUCAAGGCUGGCUCAAUCAGCCACAUGUACAGCAGGGACUUGGUGUACCUCUCAACUGGACUCAAUCGAACUCGGCUGUAUCACGAGCCUUCCGAGGCAUUGGCGACUAUCCACGUCCAGGCUGGAAGGAAGAUCUCGCAUAUCUUCUCGAAGAGGGUAUCAAGGUCACGCUGUUAUACGGUGACCGAGACUAUGCAUGCAAUUGGUACGGCGGUGAACUGCUCUCCCUCGCCAUUCCUUACGACAAUGCCACUUCAUUCGCGGAUGCCGGAUAUGCGCCAGUUGUCGUGAAUGAUACCUAUAUCGGUGGGCAAGUGCGUCAGUACGGCAAUCUAUCCUUCACACGGGUGUACGAAGCUGGCCACGAGGUGCCAGCCUACCAGCCUGAAACUGCGUACAGGAUCUUUACGCGCGCUCUUUUCAACCGCGACAUCAGCACCGGCAACAUCUCUACAACCGAGACCCCCGACUACGCCACAGAAGGACCAAGUGACGUGUUCAACAUCACCAACGAACCAAUUGUCGACGAAGGCACACAAUGCUACGUUCUUGACCCUGGACAGUGCACGGCGGAGCAGUGGGAGUCAGUUAUGAAUGGAACAGCCUUGGUGCGAAACUGGAUCGUUGUCGACGCCAACACGAGCUAUCUGUUCCCAGAUCUAGCUGGUAACGGCACAUCUGGCAAUGGAAGUAAACCUUCCGGCACAGGAAUGCCCAUGCCUACUUACACCGCGGCUGCACCCGGUGGUCUCUCUGCGAGUGUUUUGGGCAGUGCGAUUAUUGCUGCGGUUGUAGGAAGCUUGGUAAUGCUAUAAUCAAUGGCAAAAUAGUCACGACAAUAUGAGAAUUGCAAUCAUGCGUAUACGAGAAUCAUGGGAUCUGUAAUAUCUAUAUACGCUCCAGGCAAGCUAUUCAUAGAUACCGACCCAUUCCACAUCAUCACGUUGUGCACUGGUGCAUUGGACGCGCGUGACGUCA